UUUUGAAUGUUUUUCAGAGAAAACAUCAUAUAUAAAAGCAGAAUUUUGAGACUUAAGAGUUACUGCUAACACUAGCUCUGAGGAAUGGAAAGAUCAAGACCAGAUCCUUGGCCUGAUUAUGAAUACAGAUCCAACUCUGAAAGUUUUGAAUCCGGAUUAGACCGAAGUAGGCCCAGAUCUAGAUAUGAGGGCAGCCGAUCAAGAUCAAGAUAUGAACAAAGUCCCCCAAGGGAAAGAUCUGAAUACGAGACAAGGAGAAGUUAUGAUUUCAGUCCAAGGAGAGACGACAGGGAAACUGGGGCUGGUUACAGGUUGGAGAGAUCCCAGAGUAGGUAUGAGAACAGAGAAGAGAACAUUCUUAGUAUGUCUCCAAGAUAUAGAGAGGAGGAGGAUUUUACCCGCCAAACAGGUAGAAGAGAAGAAUAUUAUUUUGAAGAAAGAACUGAUCGUAGAAAUCGAAUUGCUGAAGAUUUUGAUAAUAGAGAAAAUGAUGGAUAUUCGGCCAGGUUUCCAAAUUCUUCUAGAUAUCAAGACGUUGAAGAUGUAUCGCAUAGAUCCAGCUAUGUAGAUAGGAUCACAGGACCCCUACGAAGUAACAAAUUUGUUUCCCCUCCUAGAAGAAUAGUAUAUGAAGAGUCUAAAACAAAUCCCUUUGAUCGACUAGGACCCAAGGCGGAAGUGUCUGAUGAUGAAUUUUACAGCACAGACAGAAUAGAUGAUAAUCUCUGUGAGAGUUCUAGAUUUGGUAAUUUACACAGUUCUUGGACAGAACAUAAACCAAAUUUAGAUAUAAAUUAUAGAAUUUUUAGCAGAGACAGAGAUAAUGAGUACAGUGGAGAUCACAUUACACAACCUUCUUAUGCUGAAGCAUUUUCCAGAGAAAAUUACAUGGAAGACUUUGAAACAUUUCCCCAGCAAACAGUUUCCAUGGUCAGACAAGAAUUCCAGGAAAGACAAACUGCUUCACCAGUACAAGAUUUUUAUCCUGAAAGGGAUGUUUCAGUUGGCAGACAAUAUUCCCAGUUCAGACAUGCCUUCUCAUCCUCAACAAGUACAUCAGAAUCAGAAGCUACAAGAAGAAAUAUUCAGGACAAAUCAGACUUUCCAGGAGGAAGUAGGCAAGUUGGAGGAACAUAUGAUGAAUGGGAACAGUCUCCUUGUAAAGAUAGACUCAAAUCAGUCAGAGAUUCUCAAGAACUCAUGCGAGAUCGAGGGGGAAAUAGAAAACUAGACAGGGGAGAAUUUUCAUUAAGAAGAGGCGAAGAAGCUAAAAGGCGAAAUUCAUAUGGAGGAAGAGAACAAGCAGCAAGAAUUGGAAAGUUUGAGGGUAGCAAACAUGUAGAAAGAAUGGAUUAUCCGACCGCGAGAAAGCAGAUUGAAGAAAGAGAACAACAAGAAAUAAAAAGAGACUAUCCAGAAAAUAUUGAACCUUUGAAAAGAAGGGAUGGACUAGAUCAAGAAAGAUACCGUAAUCAACGUUCUGUAGAUCAUCAAAACAGAUUCUCAUCACCUUUGCCAAAAAUAUCCAUGUCAGAAGACAAAGUUCCAGGCACUAAAAGAAAAUUGUCCUCAGAUUUAAGUCGUUCUACUUCUAGGGGUCGUUCAGAAGCUAUUAAAGAAAGAAGAGGCAACCAAGACAAAACAAAAUCAUCUGGAAGAAGUUCUUCAGACAGAAAAUAUCAUCUGGGAAAAAGAGUAUCUUCAGGAUCAAUAGGUUUAAAGGGGAAAAGAAAGAACAAUGAAGCUCCUAGAUCCUCUAUGAUGGACUUAACUGAUUCAAGAAGAUUAUCGAGAACUUCUUUUCAACCAUCUGAUUCCAGAAACUCAACCUCAACCAGAAGAGCCAACUCGCCAAAUAAAGUUGAAAAUGUCUCAGUGAAGAAGAAAAAAAUGGAUGAAGCAGACAAAUUGAGACUAUUGCUUUUAGAAGAGGAGUUGAAAAGGACCAAAGAAAAAUUGAUGAAAACCGAAAUGAAGGAGAAUAAGGACAUGCUCGUAUCAAGAAGGGAUGUCCAGUUAGAUAAACAUCAAAUAGAUAAACCUAAGCUACCAUCAAAGCUAUAUGAAACAGAGUGUUUUGUUGUGCUUGUGCAAGACAUGACUGAGUGUGGAAUUGUAGAGAUGGUAGGAGGAGAUGGAACACAUGUAUAUGCAUUUUUUUAUAAACAUGAUGCUAUAACUAGCCAGGAUGGCAAUGAUAAAAUGUCUGUCAAGUUUCCAAUUGGAUUAAAACUGAAAGCAAAUGCUUGGCUUGUAAAUGAAGAUAAUAAGAUACCAUAUAUCAUUGCACGUUUGUGGUCACCUGAUAUUAUUCUUCCAAGCUCAAUUAUGUCCAAGAUCAACAACAUAGAACCUGAACAGAGUAUAAUGAGAAUGUACACAUCAUUGAGCCCAGAUCUUUCAUGGAAACUACCCACCAACAGAUGUCUGCCACGAAACAGGGAUGAAAUUGUUAUGUAUGAAGACCACAUUAAAGCUUCUAAAUCUGAUGAUUCAUCUUUUAGAAGAAGAAACUUGAGCAGUGAUGUUGAUGUUGUCAUAAUUCCAGACAUAAUCAGAACAAACCUGUUGAAUUCUCCUCCUAAAAUUUCGCCAAUAAAUAGGGAAACACAUAUUGUAAACUUUGAAGAAGAGGCGCGAAAAAAACUUAUGUUAUUAUCUGCUCAUUCCUAUACUGGUAGAAAUAGUAAUAUUCAACAAAAUAAGAAAGAAACUGAAGAAGUCUCAAAAAGUAAUUUUGCAAAAGGUACACAUUCUUGUCCUCCGCCUCCCUCAAGUCAUUUUUUCAAUCAGGCUAUAAGCACCAAUCUUCAACAAAUUGAAGCUAUGAAAACUGAAGCAUCUGGAAAUAUGACUGCUGAUAGCACAAAGUUAUGCCCUCCACCUCCAUCAGGUCAUUGUUUUACCUACCAGGAUAAGAGUACCAAUUUCCAACAAAACAUAAAGGUAACAGAAGUAUUUGGAAAUUUGCCUGAAAAACAAGUCAAAGUACAGCCACCACCUUCACAAGGUCAUAACAUUUUUUAUGAUGAUGAAAAAAAUAAUAUGCAUCACAAUGUGGCAGUUACAGGAGUAUAUGGAAACGUGUCUGCUGACAGUGAUGGAUUAUGCCCUCCACCUCCCCCUGGUCAUUUUUUUACCCAUCAGGAGAAAACUAGUAACUUUCAAUCAAAUAUGGAGGCAACUAAUAAAUUUGUAAAUAUUCCUGCAAAUAGUGCCAAUGUCCAAAUAUGUCCUCAACCUCCCCAGGGACAUAUUUUUACCCAUCAGGAUGAAGGUACAUAUACCCAGCAAAAUAUGCAGAAAACAAAAGAAUUUAGAAACAUGUCUGUAGGGAAUGCUGAGUUUGGCACUCAAUUCCCACCUCCACAUCUGGUUAAAGGCAUUACAUAUAAAGAAAAUAUGCAGAAAACAGAAGAAUCCAUAAAUAGUGUUGUGACUAAUGUAGUGUUUUGUCCUUCAAAAUCAUCAGGUCAAUUUAAGACAGAACAGAAAGAUCUGACAAAUACAACUUAUCAUAAUUCUCUCUCAGCCAACACCAAUUACACUUGUUUAAAUUCUGUGUUUACACAGUCUCAGGUUGCAAAACAAGCUUUUCCAACCAGACAGGGAUCUAUGAUUGCUCUUCAUGAAAAACCUUCACCUCAGUCUUCACAUGUUCAAUAUUCUGUACCACUAACAUCACCAUCACUUGGUGAAGAAUCAGAAUAUCAAGAAAGUUACCUUAACUAUGAAGCUGGCAAAAACCAAUCCUCAGAUUAUGCCAAUCUUCAGUUAGCUCCAUGUUUUGGUAAACCUUUGCCCACAACUUUAUUGGAAAAGAGUCAUCAUACAUCUCCACAUCAUAAAAGUGAAUUAAACACUGAAGAUAUCCCAAUAUUUGGCAAACAAAUGCCUAAGAGUGCAAUAAAGACAAGUUUUCAUUUUCCAUCAAGAUCAAUUGCAGCAGAAAAAAUGUUUGAAGAAACUCUGUCUGAUAAUUCUUUGAAAGUAUCCAUGCAUUUAAAGAAAUUGUCAAAAGUUAGAUCAAGUGAAAUUUUUCUUGACAAUGACAACAGUGACAUUGAAACUCCAGAAGAUGAGACUGAAGUUCUUUUUGGAAAACCAAUUAAUGAUAAGGAUAAAUAUGAACAAUUUACCCUGAAAGUUGAUUCAUAUAUAUCUAAUAUUGGAAUUUUAAAAAUUUCUUCAUCCCAAAAGGUAAUAUUCCAUGCCAAUCAGGUUUGGGUGAAGCAGCCUUGUUCUAUUAGAGCUUAUUGUCCUUUUUUGGAGAUAUUCCCAUUAGACUGUUUAGAAAAAGAAAUUCCAAUUGGAACUCAAGUUCGUUGCCUUGCCUUAAAAGUUUCCAAGACAUACUAUCAAGCAGUUGCCUUAUGGAAAGAAAACAACCAUGAUUUUCCUCCCAGAGCUUUAGAAAUAGCAAGGGACUCAAAGAGUGAACUUAAGCAAGUCUUUGAUGAGUUUGUAUUCCCUACUGGUUCCAAAUAUUGUGGUGAUAUUGGUGAGCCAAGGCCAUAUCUGAAGGGAUAUAUUCAGGAUUACAUAACUUAUGAACUUGGCAUCAUAAAAGUUAACUAUGGUGAAGCAGACAACCGUUAUGAUAGUGCUUUGUUCCACCUCAACCAAGUUUGGACAGCAUGCAAAAGAGGUGGAUUUUCAAUCUUGAAGGAUUCUAUUCACAAAAGCCCCCCCAAUCUCUGCUUACCUGUUGGAACAGAAGUUUGCUUUGUUUACAGAGAUUUACCAUGUGAAUCUAGUCAUUUAAAGUUUCAAGCUUAUGCAGUUUGGAAAAACACUGAUAAUUUCAAACUUCCAAGGCAGAUUGGAUCUAUAUUCAACGAAUACACUGCUUAUUAUUCUGAGAAAAGAAAUCAAGAGAACCUUAUUGUUGAUUUGAAUUGCAAGCAUGACUUAUUAAAACAGCACUCUAAACUGUAUUCUCCAAAUCCUUAUGUGAUCCCUGUAGUCCUUAAUGGACUUCCAGAAAACUGGGUUGCUGUGAUCUCAGAUUUAUAUAAUUGUGGUUUUGGAUUGAUCAAGAUUUCACAUUUAGAACCAGGAAAAGACCUGUCUGCUGCACUGAAGUUAGAUGUACCUGAUCUUUAUUGUGUUUUUCACUAUUCAACCUUUUUUCUGAAAAAUGGAAAAUGUUGUUCUAAUAAAGACAAAAAUCUGAUCAGACAAGGUGAUCAUGUGAACUUAAUAGCAAGGUCUAUUAUUCCUGAGCAGUCAAGUGCUUCUAUUUUAAGAGUGGUCAAGGCCCAUAUGCAAUUUGGUUCUAAGUUGCCAUACAUCAGUAUGCAAGCUAUAGUUGUCGUUCAUGAAUCCUCUGAACAGUCUUAUUAUAGCCUUCCAGAUAAUGUCCCUCAACCUGUUGUAAUGAACAUGAAGCCCAUCUCAUUUAAUUCAGAUCAGAAUAAUACCCAAGUUUACAUGAACAUCAAUCUGAUGGACACCCUAAAAACUCAACUGUACAAACAAAUACUUCUGAAUGGUCUUUUCAAGAAAAGAGUUAUUUUGACAGGGGUAGAUAAUUUUAUGAGGAAUUUUGAACUAAACCCUGUUAUAGAGCCUUGUGACCGUGACAAGUUGUAUCAAGAAUUAGACACUAACAGGACCAGAGACUUGAUAUUUGGAGCUUUUAGGCAACAUGUUAGUUAUGGAAAUUUUAAUUUCCCAGCUCUUCUGCAGGAUGUGUCAUGCCAAAUUGCACACAUUUCAUUUCAUUAUCGGUAUCAACCAACUGAAGGCAUUCUUUCUAUAGAUCUGGAUGGAACAAAGGUUCAAGCUUAUGUAGAAUUUGCUAACUUGAAAUUAGCAGGUUUAAAUGCAUUGCCUCCACUUAGAAUAGAGGAAAUAGCUCCAGUUUAUAUGAAUCUUGAGUUUAAAUGUGUUGCCCAUCUUGUUACUACAGUUGGAUGUGUUCAGUAUGUUUGCACCAACAUUUAUUCUAAGCAUCACAAGUUUCAAGGGCCCCUUCCUGCUGUAAGUCCAGCAAAGUUAUGCAAUUAUCAGUCUGCCAUGAAAAGAUUGUGUCCAAAUGAUCCUGUUUCUGCUUGUGUUACACAGACAGGUUCACUGAAUAUUGGUAAACCUGCAGGACCUGUAAUUGAGUCUAGCGAUUUUAGACAGACCUCAACGUGUAAUAUUUCCCAGUCUCAAAACUGUAUUACUGACAUAAAAAAGUUAGGCACUGUAAACACAGGAAAAUAUGAUUCUUCGCCUCCUCAUCACCACCUUGUAGAUAAACCUCUUACUAAUGAUUCAGAAGCACUGAAGAUUUUUGGGCAACAAUUUCCUAGCAAAGAAAUCUUUCCAAGAAGCUCCCACACUUGUAAUUUGCCAAUGUCCUCUACUUUAAAGAAACCAGUACAGUCGCCAGAAGAUUAUGAUCCAGAGUCUGUGUAUGAUUCAGACUAUGAAUAUUCUGAAACUCCAAACGAAGGGGCUCUAAACAAAGAAAAAAAAUAUGAAGACCUUACAGAAUUUGAAAGACAAGUACAUGAUAAAAAAAAGACAAAAAAAGAGGAAUUUCUACAGAUGAAGAGAAAAGUCCGUUGGGCUAAACUUGUGUUACAAAUUGAGGUAAAAAAGAUUAUGAGAAGUCCAAACAAUUUUAUUUGUACCACAUGUGGAUUUGAAGGGGGACUAUCUGAAGCAGAAAAACAUCUGAAAGAGGACAUUCAUUGGGAUAACAUGUUUGAUGUUUAUUGUAAAGAACUUGAUACUGUUAAACCACAAACAUUUGGAAAUCAGAAAAGAUUGAUUGAAAAUAACAAGAGCAAGCCCAAACCUCUGAAUGUGUUUCAAAAUAGUAGUGAUGACGACUGUCUUGAGGGUGUUCUGGUUUCAGAGCCUGAGAAUUCUUCAGUACAAUCAACUCUAGAUGUGAAAGUUAAUAAAUCCAUCAAGUUUAAGCUUCAGUUUAAAGGCAAUGAUACUGAAAAAAGUGAAUGCUUGAGAACAACAUCUAGUAUGCCUUCUCCUAUCACAGCCUUUACAAAUACUGGAUCCAAUAUAUUAUUGCAAAAGACAGAAGCUAAUAUCUCUAACAUCAAUGUUAAGUGCUCAUCAAUUCAAGAUGGUGGAUUCACAGAUGAACCUAAACAAGUAAGUGACGCCUUCAACAUUUCAAAAUCUCCACUUGUAAAUUUUGAACUACCUGAGAUUUACAUGUUCACUGAAACUAAACUGUCAGAGAUGGGAAACUUUCAAGGUAAAAAUUCUCUGCUGAAGAAAGUUGGGGACUGUUUAGAAGGAGAUGCUCAAACCUUAAUAAAGUCAGAAUUCUCUAAUGUUGAAAAGAAUAUACUCAAAAUUACUAAUCAAGCUCAUUAUGUUUGCACGAAGAUGAGCUACUUGGAGAAAGAGCUACAAAGUUCUAGAGUUCACUACAAUGAGUGGUUUUGUAAAUAUUGUGGAAUUUGUUCUGAAGGUCAGGAAAUGGAGAAACAUUUGAAGUCAAAUUAUCAUUGGACAAAGGUAAUAAUUACAGCCUCUGGUCAAAACCAAAUGAGUAAGUCAUUGAAAACUGAUUCUGAUAUAAUUGAAGAUGUGUUUGGCAGAGUAAGUUUGGUCCUAAACGAGGUAGUUGCCAUCGUCUCAUUUAGACAUGAAAAUUCUUCCCUUCAUGCUGUAUUGGAUAUUUCUGGAAUAAAUAAUACUUCCAGCAGUAGAAUCAUUACAUCAAAAUCGGACAACAUGCUUACAGUGCUUAAGAAAGGCUAUCCUGUACGCAUGAAUUUAUGCUGCUCUUGGAAGACGUCUCAUAAGUUUUGGUACUAUGCUACAGCAGCCCACAUUGGAGAUCAAGCUGAUUGGAAACACCCACUUCCUAAACCUGAAACUGUGCAGUCAAUAAAAGAGAAUAAAAUUAGAGAACCCAUUUACAUUGCUUCUACAAGCUUUGUCAAGGCCAAUGAAGAACUGUUGAUCAAGAAACUCUCUAGUUCUUAUCCUGAGUAUCUUUUCAACCAGUUGGUGAAAAUUGUUUUAAUAUCUGAUGAUUAUUGCUUGGGUGAGAUAGAGAACAUUGACAAUGCACCUUUCUGUGUUAUUACAAGAGCUCUGAUAAAAAAUAACAGUAAUAAUGGUGACAUCAAGAAAGGGGAACUGUUCAAGAUUGGGGCUUAUUUAUUGGAUCAUGAGUCUCAAGCACCUUAUUUAUGCCAUGAUUUCUACCCUUAUUCAAACAGCAAAUGCAUUGAGCCAAUAAGACAUGCAGAACUAAAGCAGAAACAAAUUGACGUUUUCUCUUCAAUCAUAGCUAGCUCUUCAUUUGUUCAGCACAAAGAUUUGAGAAGAUGAUAUUGCCCGCUCGGUGAAACAGAUCAAUAAUGAGAGAGUAGUUUCAGUUCUUGAAGCCGAUCCUCGUAAUCUUAGCUUCUCAGCCCAGAAACCAUGCGUACAGCUCUUUGUUGAAUAUGUUCGAGACAGUUUAUAUCUGCUUGGGUCCAGGGUGACCAUGCUGGAGAACAAAAUUCAAGGUGAGGUCUAACAUAUUGCUUGUAGAGGUUUAUAAAUACAUGUCGGUCCCUGUAGUGGAAUGCUUUUGUUAUCAUUCCUAGAGCAGCAUUGGCCUUCCUGGCUGCUUCAGAGCAUUGUUUAGAGGGUUUUAAAUUGUUGCUAAUUGUUACACCAAUGUCACGUUCUGUAUCAGACUCUGAUAGUUUUUCACCAUUCAUAAAAUACUCUGCUUUUGAAUUAUUUCGUCCAAUAUGCAUAACCUUGCAUUUUUUAACAUUGAAGAGCAUUCCCCAUCUAGAGGCCCAACUACAAAUUUGGUUUAGACAUUCUUGGAGAUCAGCUCUGUCUUUGUCAUUGAUAAUUGUUUGCCCUAACUUUGUAUCAUCAGCGAAUUUUUUGAUUAGCUUGAUCAGGGUAGCAGCUCCAUCUAUAUCAUUAAUGAAUAUUAAGAAGGCUAGUGGUCCUAGAACUAAAGA